AUGGCGUACCACACAUCCACGGAUAUUGUGGGGAGCAAUCCCGCCUGUCUCGAGGACCCCGAAAAAGAUGGCGACUUCGCAUUGUCCGAGACUCGCGCGCCGCAACCAGUCUGUGCGGACCCAUCCCAACGACAGCUUUGGGACACCGCGGAGCUCCCUGCAGAAGCCACCGCGCCAGCCACCACACCAGCACCUAUAACGACCUCUCCCUCACGUUCCCCUACAGUCAGCCUCUCCAAACAUGCGACCCAGUUCUAUACGAUCUCCUACCUCAUCCUCUUCGCUCUCCUCGGCACCCUCGCCCGCCUCGGCCUCCAAGCCCUCACCUACUACAGCGGCGCGCCCGUCGUCACUGGUGUCCUCUGGGCCAACGUCACCGGCUGUCUGAUCAUGGGCUUCCUCGUCGAAGACAAGAACCUCUUCCGCGAAGAAUGGGGCGCCAGACCACCCUCCCCACCACCCCCAAAACACUCCGCCGAGGCCGCUACCCUCGCCAAGAACCACAAGGCCGUCAAGAAGACCAUCCCGCUCUACAUCGGCCUGACCACCGGCUUCUGCGGCUGCUGCACCAGCUUCUCCAGCUUCAUGCGCGACGUCUUCCUGGCCCUCGCCAAUGCCCUGCCCGACCCCUCCCUCCCCGCGGGUACGGCCAUCGCUUCCCGCAACGGCGGCCACAGCUUCAUGGCCCUCGUCGCCAUCAUCAUCCUCACCGUCUCCCUCAGCCUCUCCGCCCUCCUAGUCGGCGCUCACCUCGCCCUCGGCCUCGCCCGCUUCACCCCCACCGUGCCCUUCGCCUUCACGCGCCGCGUCGUCGAUCCGUUCGUCGCGGCCCUCGCCUGGGGCUGCUGGCUCGGCGCCGUGUUCCUCGCCAUUUGGCCGCCCGAUCGCGGCGCGGACCGUGAGACGUGGCGCGGGCGCGCGGUGUUCGCGCUCGUCUUCGCGCCGCUGGGCUGUCUGUUGCGAUUCUUCGUGUCGCUGCGCUGGAACGCGCGCGUGCCCGCGUUCCCGCUGGGCACCUUCGCGGUCAACGUCUUCGGCACGCUGAUCGAGGGCAUGUGCUACGACCUACAGCAUGUCGCCGGUCUGGGCGGCCUGGUCGGCUGUCAGGUGCUGCAAGGGGUCAUGGAUGGGUUCUGCGGGAGCACGACGACGGUCAGCACGUGGGUGGCCGAGUUGAACGGCCUCUCGAGGCGGCGCCAUGCAUACGUGUAUGGCGGCGUGAGCGUGGGCGUCGGGUUGGCGGUGUUGGUUGUCGUGAUGGGGUCGUUGCUGUGGACGCGCGGGUUUGCGGAUCCUGUGUGUGGGUGA